AUGGCACCCUCCGCUAUCCAGGUCGAGCCAGCGCCCGUCGCGCAACCCAAGCAGCUCGUCCCACGAUCCAAAGAUGACGCGACCAAGGAGUUGACGCCGUUGCAAGCCAUCUCGCAGGGCGUCUGCCUCCCCGGCAUCCCCCUCUUCUCCUCGUACGAUAAGCAGCGCGCAUGGAUCCUAUCGCACAUGGCGGGUGCUUUUCGCGUCUUCGCAAGGCACGGCCUGACCGAAGGCAUGUCGGGUCACAUCUCGGUGCGAGACCCAGAGCACCCGCACAAUUUCUGGACAAACCCGCUCGGAAAGCACUUCGGUCUCCUGAAGGCAUCCGACAUGGUCCUUGUUGAUUACGAUGGCAAGGUGGUGGGCGGAAACCAGAGCAGACCUGCAAACGCAGCUGGCUUCCUUAUCCACUCGGCAAUACACAAGGCGCGGCCAGACGUCAACGCGGCAUGCCAUUGCCAUGGAAAGGCAGGCAAAGCGUGGAGCGCCUUUGCGAAGCCAUUGGAGAUGCUGAAUCAAGACGUAUGCUACUUCUACGGCGAUGCGCAAGCCGUCUAUGAUGACUUUGGCGGCGUUGUCCUCGAUGAGGCAGAAGGCAAGAGGCUGGCAGCGGCAUUAGGACCAAAGGGAAAAGGUCUUGUUCUACAAAACCACGGCCUAUUGACGGUAGGAGGUACCGUCGACGAAGCCGCGUUCUUGUACACCCUCAUGGAACGCUCUUGCGAUGUCCAGUUGAAGAUAGAAGCGGCAGCGGCCAACGGCGUCCCGAAGGUCUACGUCGACGACGAUGCAGCGGCAUAUACAUACAAAAUGGGGGCCGAUGCUGAGAGCCUAUACUGGGAGUUUCAACCUGAUCUGGAGUACGAGUACGAGAUGAGCAAUGGAGCCUUUAAGCAUCCCGAAUGCGACGAGGUAGUGUGGCCUGGAUACUGA